UUUUCAGCUGGUUAGCCAAACAUCCACAGAAAAAGACAUGAGCAGGAAAACGAGACGAAGAAAACGACAACACUUUAUCCCAAGCGAGAAAAUAGCGACACAGAGAGUCUUUGUUUAGGGGCUGCAUUAAAACCUCAGCAUAAACCAUUCCUCUCACCAGGGCCAAAGCUUCACCUGGUAUUCUGUGGAACCAAGCCCUUGUGAGGACAAGAAUACACAUGGACACAUGACCUGAAAGCAGCUGAUCAAGACAUAUGGAAAUAAAUCUAACAACCUUUACCUAAACAUCAUCUGUGGAAAGAGGAAGCUCUGUUGUGCUUGUUAGCAGUUGGAUUCUGGGGUGUUGUGCUGACGGCAGGGUUUUGUCAUGGUCGACUGGUAGCCUGAGCCUGAAGCUAACCUAGCUUCUCUGUUUUAUAUAGCAUGUUAGCAUAUGGCUAGCUGUUUAUUUUGACAGGUCACUGCAUUAAAUUCCACCUCUCCAUCAUAUCUGGCCCCUACAGGGGGGUGUAAACCAGUUGGUAGUGGUGCCCCCUAACCCCAUCAUCACUUCAUUUGUUUUCAUCCAUCAUCAACUUUUAUUUGUGCUAUUUCCCUUAUCAGUCAUUUUUUUGUUGUGUUGCUUUUCUUUCCUUUUAAACAUCUUUUCUUUUUUCAUCUCAUAUCGGUCCCAGUCAAGUAGAAGUGUCCAUACCCUAGUGUUAUUCCAAAACCAAACCCUAAAUCCAGUCAGCCUAAGUCAUAGUCUGACCCAAAGGUACACUGUCGUAACGUGUGACACACUGAGGCUGCAAGGCAGUUGUUUUGGUGGCUGUUUUGGUUGCAUGGAAUCGGCUUAACCGUGGAGAGGCCAGGCUACCACAAACUGAUGGACUUCGACAAGCGAGGAGUCGGGGGAGGAGGAGGUGGAGGAGGAGGAGGGGGAGGUGGAGGUGGAGGAGGGAAGGGGGAGACGGAGGAGGGUAAGAGGAUGUCUGGAAAGACAGGGAGUCGAUCGGGGCAUGGCGGCCGGGGCGCCGGCUCCAACUCUGGAGUUCUGAUGGUCGGACCAAACUUCAGAGUCGGAAAAAAGAUCGGCUGUGGGAACUUUGGAGAACUGCGUCUUGGAAAGAACCUGUACACCAAUGAAUAUGUGGCUAUUAAACUGGAGCCAAUCAAGUCACGGGCACCACAGCUUCACCUAGAAUAUCGCUUCUACAAACAGCUGGGGAGUUCAGAGGGAGUACCCCAGGUGUUUUAUUUUGGGCCAUGUGGCAAAUACAAUGCUAUGGUCCUGGAGCUGCUGGGACCCAGCCUAGAAGAUCUGUUUGACCUCUGUGACAGGACCUUCUCUCUAAAGACUGUACUCAUGAUAGCCAUACAGCUGAUCACUCGGAUGGAGUUUGUGCACACCAGGAGUCUGAUCUAUCGAGACGUGAAGCCUGAGAACUUCCUCGUGGGUCGACCAGGGUCCAAACGGCAACAUACCAUCCACAUCAUAGACUUUGGCCUGGCAAAGGAAUACAUAGACCCAGAGACAAAGAAACACAUCCCAUACAGAGAACACAAAAGCUUGACUGGAACUGCAAGAUAUAUGAGCAUCAAUACACAUCUGGGGAAAGAGCAAAGCAGGCGGGAUGACUUGGAAGCCUUAGGCCACAUGUUCAUGUACUUCCUGAGGGGCAGCCUACCCUGGCAGGGGCUCAAGGCUGACACUCUGAAAGAACGUUAUCAGAAGAUAGGAGACACAAAGAGGGACACACCAAUAGAGGUUCUUUGUGAUAGUUUUCCAGAAGAGAUGGCCACAUACCUGCGAUAUGUACGCCGGCUGGACUUCUUUGAGAAGCCUGAUUACGACUAUCUAAGGAAACUCUUCACAGACCUCUUUGACAGAAACGGAUACAUCUUUGACUACCAGUAUGAUUGGACUGGAAAACCACUGCCCACACCUAUUGGUCCAGUGGCCAGUGAGACUCCACUUCAGACAAGUAAUCGAGAGAAAGCGCCGCAGACCAAAAAUCAGUCUCCAGAGGGGAAAGGCAGUGAGUCCCAGCCCACUCCAGUGACCAAUCGAGAGCUGCUGGGCUCCCAUCUCACUGCUGAUAGGCUGGGCGGUUCUGUCCAGGUGAUGAGUUCUACCAAUGGGGAGCUGAAUACAGACGACCCCACUGCAGGACACUCCAAUGCACCAAUCACAGCCAACGCUGAGGUCGAAGUGGCAGAUGAUACCAAGUGCUGCUGUUUCUUUAAGAGGAGGAAGAGGAAAGCUCUUCAGAGACACAAAUAAAAACUGAGACGAGCGACUCCCUGCUCUCUGUCAUCGUUGCUUUUACCUCUUUCUCUCUGUCUCAGCCCUCUUCACAUAACCCUCCUCUCUCUUCCUCCUCGCACCCUCCUCUUCCUCCUCCUCUGCUGCUGGAGGUCCUGGGUCCAGUUGCACCACACAGUCUUUACUAAGCCGGGUCUUAACAGCUAAGUUGGUCUUAACAGACUUUGUCGAACCCAUCAACGGAACUUAUGCCUCAUCUUAAGUCGCCCAGUCCUAGCGAUGCAUGUUUAUGAGACUGUAAUCAAGAGACGGCACAUAUUUUAACUGAAUUUUAGAAAAUCAGUCAAAGUAAAUGCAAAUCCAUGCAGUAACAUAUGACAUGAGUUGUUGAUUGAGGAGCCGAUUAACAUAAAUGGUAUUUUGUUAAAAAACCUGAGUCUUCAUUAGCUUUUGGAUCCAGAACUGAAGCGAACUGCAGCUCUGGAUCAUAUAAUGCUGAUUCAUUCAGAUUUCUACUUGCUUCUCACAUUUUGUCAGUUAACUUUAACAGCUGCAGCUCUUUAUACACUGUGACAUUUAGUAGCUGCUUAUUAUCUGAUAUGACUGUUAUAUUUUUCAUAUUAACUCAGUCUCUUUAAUGGUCCAAACAUAUACUCAGUUUUCACUAAAUCGUUUCCUCUCACUUAUUUGCAUUUGCUUCCUAUUGAUAGAUCCACUUUUUUUACUUCUCCCAAGUGUAAAAAUUUUAUUGCCAAAAGUAUUUUUUAAAUUUCCAGUGUUUACAAUCCGGGAUUUUGUUUUAUGUCCAAAUUAAAAAUGUGAAUAUUAACAACUGGUUGGAAACAAACCUUAUGGCUAUUGCCACUAGGUUACAGUGUUCAAAAUGUCCCACUGUCUUUACUUGUUUAUAUAAUUUACAUCAACUACAGAAGACCAAAGAAAACAAAAAGGCAAUUUUACAAGUACAGGUGUAGUGACACUAACAGUCAUAACAAAUCUGAUUUGACACUUUUGCCUGCAGUCUGAACAUCCGUCAGUAUAAGAAAUGACUUAGAUUAUCUUGAUUAGUUGAAAGAUUUACAGCAGGUCUUAUUAAAUCAGACACUUAAGCCAUGACUGUAUAACUGCUGAGGCUGAGAGGUUGGACUGGAAUGUUAAGAUCUGACCAACUUAGCUUCAGACCAGGCGUAAAGCUCUGUUGGUACAACCGGUCCCCGUCGUCUACCGAGGGUGGGCUGGAUUGACCAGACAGCACAAUGUGUUCGCUAAAGCUGACCUGCGGCUUUGCUUUCUCCUGCUCUGGACUGACCAGAUGGACAGACAGACAGACACUAAGGUGUUUGCUGUUCCACCUCGGAGCUUUAAGUGUGGACUCUUCAUGUAUUUAUGGUCUCAAAGUGAACUGAAACUGGAUCAACACAAACUGCUGUGGAAAAGACGUGACCACAAACAACAAGCUGAAAGACUGGAUUCAGCUGAUUUAUUUAGAUUUUUCUGUUUUGUUUUUUUGUUUUUUCUUCCUUACUGACUGGUUCAGAGGAGACGGUAGUAUAUUUCUGAGGAGACAGACAGCAGGAUGACGAAGCGAUGGAAACGAGAGCGUCGGACCACAUGUGCACACAAAACACACAAAUGCUGCACCCUUGUCGAGCUCAUGGUAAAGAGACUCAUUUAUGGACAAACAGAUGCAGCUCUUGCACAUAGUCUAAAGUUUUUAUUCCCUCGGGUCGAAGCGAGUACAAAUGAGCAGCUCAGUCUACUUCCUGGUAUGGACUGGACUGCGUAUUUCUCAGUCACACGCACCCCUCAGAAGGAAAUCCUCACAACCACCAGAAUUACAAGUAAAAAAAGAUGUUUUAUGUAAAAAAUUAUGCUUUUCCGUUUUAAUUUGAAACUAAAAAAAGACUGUAAUUUGGAACCUGUGUUCUCUGUCUUUUUGAGUUGUUCUAAAGUUUGUGUUUUGUAGCUUCUUAGUGUGUUCCUCAAAGUGUAAUUUUUUAAAAAUAACUUGUAUUUUUAAUUUUCUGUUUUUUUUUUUUCCCCUUUGUUUUCUUUUUUUCUCUUUCUCUCUGGGUUGGAGGAUGGAAAGUCAAUAACUCCAUUAAAACAACCAAACACAAUAAAACUGAUGAUGAACAGUU